AUGGAGACAUCCAGCUCUAGGUCUGUGCAGGUGGAUGAAUGGCAGAAGAAUUAUUGUGUGGUUACAUCCAGCAUAUGUACACCAAAGUAAAAGGCUGAUGCGUACUGUACAUUACUACUGCGUAUUCAGUAUGCAUAUGCCAACUCCAAAAUCUCUCAGGUCUUUGCUAACAACCUGUUCAAAAGGUAUACAGAAAAAUACUCUGCAAUUGUUGAUUCUCACAAUGUUGUAACUGGCUUGAAUAACUAUGCAGAGAGCAUUUUUGCUUUGGCAGGAUCUCAACAGACUGACAGUGACAAGUGGCAGUCUGGAUUGUCAAUAGAUAAUGUUUUCAGAAUGAGUAGUGUACAGGAGAUGGUGCAGGCUGGCAAGAAAUUUAAAGAGUCUCUGUUGGAACCUGCUGAUGCAUCAGUCGUCAUGUGUAAAGAGCUCACCAUCUUUGAGGUUCCUCAGCUUAGUGUUUGUGGAGGUUCUGAAGAGGCUGACGUAUUAUCCAGUUCAGCUCAUGACACAGAUAAGACCCAAGCCAUUCCAGGAAGCAGUCUGAGAUGUUCCCCUUUUCAGAGUGCUUGGCUGCCUAAGGAAACUAAUACCACUAAGACAUGUGUCACCUCCUCAACAUCUUUAGGUGAGUCAGCCACUGCCACAUUUCACAUGACACCAUUAUUUGGAAACACCAAAAAGGAAACUCAAAGCUUUCCUAAAACCAGCACAGGGCUAAAUAGGUUCUUACCUAAUCUGUCUUGUGUUCCUUCUGGCUGUGAAAAUCCUCAAGAAAGGAAGGCUUUUAAUGACUCUGACACCAUUGACAUGCUUUCCAAUCCAACACUGAAUAAGGCUCCUAGUAAAACAGAGGCCAGAGGCCAAAGGGAAGAUAACAGCCUGCCUACCUUUAAAACUGCAAAAGAACAGUUAUGGGCAGAUCAAAAAAAGAAGGGCCGUCAAUCCCAGCAUACAUCUAAAUCUUCUAAUGGUGUUAUGAAAAAGUCUCUGGGAGCUGGGAGAUCGAGAGGGAUAUUUGGAAAGUUUGCUCCUCCUGUAUCGAAUAAGCAAGAUGGAAGUGAGCAGAGUGGAAAGGAGAAGCUCAAGCCUAGUAGGGCAGGGUCUGCAUGCCUCACUGAUGAUUGUCUGAAGAACGUGGAGCCAAGGAUGGUUGAACUUAUUAUGAAUGAAAUUAUGGAACAGGGGCCUCCAGUACAUUGGGACGAUAUUGCUGGAGUAGAAUUUGCCAAAGCCACAAUAAAGGAAAUCGUUGUGUGGCCCAUGAUGAGGCCAGAUAUCUUUACUGGAUUGCGAGGGCCCCCUAAAGGACUUCUGCUCUUUGGCCCUCCAGGGACUGGUAAAACUCCGAUUGGCAAGUGCAUUGCUAGCCAGUCUGGAGCAACGUUCUUCAGCAUCUCUGCUUCGUCAUUGACAUCUAAGUGGGUAGGUGAGGGAGAAAAAAUGGUCCGUGCAUUGUUUGCUGUUGCAAGGUGUCAGCAGCCAGCUGUCAUAUUUAUCGAUGAAAUUGAUUCUUUCUUGUCUCAACGAGGAGAUGGUGAACAUGAAUCUUCAAGAAGGAUAAAAACAGAAUUUUUAGUUCAGUUAGAUGGAGCAACCACAUCUUCUGAAGAGCAGAUUCUUGUGGUGGGAGCUACAAAUCAGCCCCAAGAGAUUGAUGAAGCUGCCUGGAGAAGAUUGGUGAAAAGACUUUAUAUUCCUCUCCCAGAAGCUUCAGCCAGGAAACAGAUAGUAGUUAAUCUCAUGUCUAAGGAGCAAUGUUGUCUCAGUGAUGAAGAAACUGAACUGGUAGUGCAGCGGUCUGAUGGGUUUUCUGGAGCAGAUAUGACACAGCUUUGCAGAGAGGCUUCUCUUGGUCCUAUUCGCAGCUUGCACACUGCUGACAUUGCUACCAUAAGUCCAGACCAAGUUCGACCAAUAGCUUAUAUNGAUUUUGAAAAUGCUUUUAAAACUGUGCGACCUACUGUAUCUCCAAAAGACUUGGAGCUUUAUGAAAACUGGAAUGAAACAUUUGGUUGUGGAAAGUGAAUACAGCAAUUGAAGGGAGAAGCUGCCAUCUAAUAGUAGUCUUUACCUUUAG